CACCGCCCACACUCUCCUAAAACACAAAGCAGUCCCUUUUCUCUAUCUUAACCUGUCGAGAAACUAAAGCGAAGCGCAUGCAUGCACGCCAAGCUAACGGGAAAUUUAACGCACUUGACGGCAAUCGUGCAGGCGCUCUGUUGUCGGACCAUAUACGCACGGAUGGAGCACUUACAUUACACAGACGUCGUCGGGCGGAUUUGAAAGGCAUCGGCCGAGAUGCACCGAGGCUAUUGCCAAGCGCCGAUCUAUAGUGAUACCGGCCGGGUUUUAUUAUGGCUUUCAGACGGUCAGCUCGGAGAAUGCGGUGGCUGGGAUGUUAUCGGCUGGGGCCCGUAUGGAAAGCACUCCUGGUAUUUGUUGUCAUCGGUUUUGCUGGGCAACUUCUGGGAGUCAUCUUCAACAAGAGCUGGAUGCAGCCAGAGAGGCCUCACUCCCUCUACUCUUUUCCCUCUGACAAUUCCCAAGGGGACUCUCUGGGGUCUUGUCAGCCCCACAUACACAUCAUGUUCCUGAAGACUCAUAAGACAGCAAGCAGCACCGUUCUCAAUUUGCUCUAUCGCUUUGGAGAGGAGCGGGGCCUUAAAUUUGCCCUGCCUGUGGGGUACCAAUUUGGCUACCCGCUGCCCUUUAUCGCCCAGAGGGUGAAAGGAUACAGAGGCCCUCACGUGGCAGGAUUUGACAUUAUGGGAAAUCACAUGCGUUUCAACAAACCAGAGAUUGAGAAGGUCAUGCCAGCUGACACCUUCUAUUUCUCCAUCCUUCGAGACCCUUUGGCGCUAGCUGAAUCCUCCUAUGCCUACUAUAAAAACGUUGCCCCUGCCUUCAGGCGUGCCAAAGGACUGGGAGAUUUUGCAGACAACCCCUAUAAGUACUAUGACCCCAGACUCCGAAACAACCAUUAUGCCCGCAACCUGAUGUGGUUUGACUUUGGUCUGGAUCAUACCUCUAACUUCAGCCUAGCGCUGGUCAAGCGCGGUGUGGCAGCAGUGCGUCGGAACUUCAAUCUCAUCCUUCUCUCAGAGUAUUUUGACCAAUCUAUGGUGCUGCUGCGCCACGCUCUGUGCUGGCCACUAGAUGCUGUGGUUUCUUUUAGCCUAAACGCCAGGCAGCAAGUGCCCAGUGGAAGGUCAGGAUGGGUGGUCAAGGCAGCUCCGGCCCCCUUGACUUUAACAGACAAGCAAAAAUCAAAAUUACGUGAGUGGAAUGCUCUGGACUGGCACCUUUACCAAGCUUUCAAUCUCACUUUUUGGCAGGAAGUAGAUCGCUUUGGGCGUAGUCGGAUGGAGACUGAGGUGGCCUUGCUUAGGACCAAAAGGGAGAUUCUCACUCGCAUUUGCUUACGCGACGGCGGCCGCCCCAUAGAAGCCAGUCGUAUCCGAGACAAGACCAUCCGCCCUUUCCAGAGUGGAUUAGUGAAGAUCUUGGGUUAUGAGUUGCAGUCGGGACUGGACAACGCCACGUGGGAAGCUUGCCUUCGCAUGAUCAGGCCUGAAAUUCAGUACAAAGACUUGCUGGAUCUUCGGCAAUUCCCGCGAGCCCAGCAACCCCCAGUCGCUGGAGGGCUUCCAAUAAGGAGGGAGUCCUCAAAACUCAGGACUGAAGACCAUGGGGGAAAGAGGUUUGUGGAGAAGGACUGGGAUGGGACCAUUCUGUUUCGGAAUCAAUCAUUAGAUCAUCAGAUUAAUUCAAAAGUAAGAUUUAGAUAGUGGUUGCACCUUUUUUGCCUCAAGGUCAGUAGUUCUGACCCAUUUUGGCUCCACGGGCCUCUGUGCUGCACUACUAGAGGAGAAGGGAUAUCCAAGACAUACAACACACCACUUUUUCAUCGACUCUUCCUCCUCAUCUUACCCUU